UGUUGCAAUCGCUAAAGGCACUGGUUCUCAAACUGGUAUUGUUUUGCCACUAAAGGAUAUGGAAAGUCAUAUUAAGAACAUCCAAACAACUGCCUGCCAACCUAUACAAGACGAAUCGGCACGACAGAAUUCGUCAAAUGGUACGGUGUUAUUAACAAUUAUGCAAAUACAUAAUUUAAUAUCAAAAUGCAACGUUAUAACGUAUGUUAUAAGUGUAAAUGCGACUAACCAUUAGUGUUGGUAAUCGAACAGAAAAAUGACUAUCGAUAAUCGGUUUAUGAAACCAAAUCAAUGAUCGAUUAUUAAUCGAUUUAUUAAUUAUUUAAUUAUCGUUGGUCAUCAUAUUUAAGGCAUACAGAUACAGUACAUGCACCAGUUUUAAGCACCAAUGUUCCCUUACAAUAUUGUUUAUACAUUUCUUUGUAUAAAUAACAUUUUUUUAUUCGGAACGCAACUAUCUUUUAGUGUUUACCAGUACAUGUACCUAUAACAGAACAUGAGAACAUGAGACCACAUACUCUAGGUUUUGUCUUCCAUUUAGUCUUGUAUACAUGUGUAAAAUAAACAAGAUAUCAUUUUUUAAUUAAUCAGUCAGUUUGAAAAACAACAACUUCGAAUAUUCCCUAUGUCAAAUGUUUAACAAGAACAUAUUCUUUCAGCAAACUGAGAAAACUAAAUUCUUACAUGGACUAUUACCGUUGUCAACCCCAUCUGAUGUUCCCGGAAACGCCACACUUGCACCUAUAUGUAGCGAAACUUUUGCUUCAAACCAGGAAACCCCUGUAUCAAACCAGACAGCUAUACCUAAAAGUGUAUAUAUGGGGAUUCCUAAGCAUCCCAAAUACUCGACAAUUGUUUCAAGAAUCGCGACUUUCAACGAGAGCCCAGAAAUAAUCGUUUCGACAAGUACUCUGGCAGAGGCCGGGUUCUUUUACGCCGGAAUUGGGGAUUGUACUAGAUGUUUCAGUUGUGGCAUAGCUCUCCGGCAUUGGACACGCGAAGACGAUCCAUGGACCGAACAUGCGCGAUUCUCACUUGAAUGCGACCACGUGCUCAACAACAAAGGUCAAGAGUUCAUUGAUUUGGUGAAACUCGCUCUGGACAACACAGAAGAAAAAGAUAAAUGUCCAUCGGCCCAGUCUUCAGAUAUGUCAGCGAGAAGUCAAGAAGCCGAAAUACCAAAGGAUGACUUAGAAAGUUUAAUGGCAUCAGACGCUGCGCAAAGUGUUAGAGACAUGGGAUACAAUGAUGAUAUAAUCAGAUGUGCAAUUCGCGAGAUUAUCACUUCGAAAGGGACAGAACAACUAAACGGGAUGCAUAUCAUGGAAGAAGUAUUUCGAAUUGAAGAAGGACUUGUUAAUAACAACACAAGCACACCUUCGCCAUAUAAUGAGAAUAGCAACACUGGCACCCAGUUGGAACAUCAAACGGGUACAAGCAACCAGGGAAUGGAUUCUAUGGAUUCUAAAGCUGCAUCGGCUGAUUUUGACCAAAACACGGUCGGAAAUAGACUGAAACUGCGGUUAAAAAUAAAGGUCUCCAAAAAAGCACCAUACGUUCUACAUGAGGAAAGAAUGCUGUUUGCGUUGUAUUUCUACUAUGCGGACAUUGCGAUAAGCUGUUUUAUCAGAAAUUGCAAUCAUAACUGACACGAACAGAUAUUUUGUUAAUUGAACUAUGAUACGCAAACACAUUCAUGCAAGAGGGAAUGAGCUUCACUUGAAGCAGCAUUUUUAUCUGGAAUACAAUCAUACUGAUGACAGUGUGGCAAAACCACAUAAGGACACUGUUAACCCUCGAUGCAAAGAAUGUAUACAUAGUGUUUGGGGCCGAACGAUACCUUACAACAGAUGGAAUAACUUCUCGCAAAUUAUAUUAUUUUCGUUUUUACAAAUGUGACGUUUAAGCUUACCGGUGUGUCGGCGGCGGCAGCACUUCAUACGACAUGGAAAACAUAUUGAAAAUUGAAGGCUUGAAAUGUUUUCCUUUGAAUUGAAUCUUGUUAGUAUUCAUAUAAUAUACGUCAAUAUACACGGUUGUAACCCAAAUCUCUGAUCAAAACUGUUUGCAGCCAAAUCAGGUACUUUACCACAAACGUACAUGGCGUUUCAUAAAUAAUAUAGAUAUGCAUAUUUAUCUUAUGCAAGAUCCCUAUUGGUAGCUUUGGAAUUCAAAAUGUCGUCCACGAUGGCCACCAAAUUUUCAUUAUCGACAGUUUACUUUGCAGUGUGUGUUAUUGGUUUGCUUUUUGUCAACUACAAUACCUCUUUGUUCCAUCUUGAAAAAGCAAUAAAUUCUAAUGAAACUGUAUGAAAAUAAUAUCAUAUUUCAGCCAUUAUGGCACCUAAUAAGGCCGGCAUGUUUUUAGUUUUGGCAAUACUGUAAAUUUGAAUCGAAAAGUAUUCUUUUUACAAUUUUUAUAAGUCAUUGCUCCAAUACAUCUUGCAUAAACGAUGUUCACUGCGGAAAAUGGUUGAAUAUACGGGAAUGUACUGAAACCCGUACACCCAACGUGUACGGCAAGUGUACGGGAUGUUGAAUAUACGGGUGUGUUCCGACCCGUAUAUUCAUAAAACUCGCAUAUCUUGAGUGUACGGGAUUCGAUGUACGGGCGUGUACUAACCCGUACAUCAGUGUUAUAAUAAAAAGAUGAAUUCUGUAAUCAACUUAGGUCUUUGGGUGUUUAAUUUGAUAGCAUACAUGAUAUGAACGACAUUUAUACCAUUGACUUAAAAAAUCACAGUUUCAUUAAAAAAACAGGAUGGUGUCAGUAAAAAUCACCUUUGUAGAAAAUUGAAUGCUUUAAUGGGUUUCGACAGCUUUUGAUGAAAUUAAAAAGGGUCUAAAUGAUAACAAAUAAAUAAAUUGGACAAUACUGAGUUGAUUGACUAACGACUAGUACUUAAACUAUUUUGAUGGAUGUACGGCACCGUACAUCUCCGUUAUAUACCAUUCCCGUACACGAUGAAUAUACGGGCGUGUAAAAUUCACGUAUAUUAUGGAUGUACGGAAAAGUAACCAACCCCGUACACUAUAGAUAUACAGAAAUGUACUCUUUCCCGUACAUCCAUGUUAUAAAAUAGUUUUGAAUUUUGUAAUCAAGUAAGGUUAAUUGUUCUUUCAUUUGCCAGAAUAUAUGAUACAUGUAUGAACAACAGUUAAACCAUUAACUUGCAGAGAAACAGGAAUGUGUAAGUAAGAGUCACGUUUUGUAGAAAUUGUAAAGCUUUUUUGGUUUUAACAGCCCUUGAUGCAAUUAAAGCGACAUCUUUAUGAUACAGAAGAAUAAGAUUUGAAAAUGCUGAGUGCUGUUACAUUUUACAGCUAUAUGAUACGAUCAACACUUAUUACAUAUACCAUUGACUUAUUCAUUUUUCCGUGUUUCAGAGUAACAGGAGUCGCGUUUUGUAGAAAUAUUAACGCUUUUAUGUGUUUUAACAGCUGUUGAAGAAAUUACAAUGACAUCUAUAUGAUACAAAAUAAUUAAAUUUGACAAUGCUGGGUGGAUAAAUUCACGGCUAGGGCCCGGGAAUGUUUAGUUUCCCGUACAUGAUGAAUAUACUGGCGUGUACAAAUCCCGUAUAUUAUGGAUGUUCGGAAAUAUACAAGUAACAUUACCCGUACAAAACGGAAACACGGACAUGUUGUGUUUCCCGUACAUGCUUAGUGUUAAGAUUCCCUGUAUAUGCUGAAUAUACCAAUGGGGCAUAUAGGUUAUGAGUGGAGGGGUUCACUCCUAAAUGUUAGGACUUAUAUAUACGUUGCCGGCCUUAUUAAAUCUCUAAUUAUGUCUAACUUGGCCGCAAACGUACACAUCAAUAACAUAACAGUAACUAUUACAGGCACAAUCAUUAUGUUUAAAAUCGAAAACCAUGACAAUUUUGCUUGAUUGAAAGACACAAAAUAUUAUGUGAUAUGUUUAUAGAUAUAAUUAUAUAUUAAGCACAUGCUUUAGACAAGUUAGAGUUAUAAGACCUGAAAUGUUGCUGUAUCGUGUAUGUCUUUUUUUAAUUAGAAUAUUGAAAAAAAAAGUUUUUGUCAGAAAUAAGCCAAAUAAAAUAGGGUUAAUUAAAAAGUAAAUUACCAAUACAAUAUUCAAAAAGAGAUUUGGACAACACCACGUCCGAAAUGUCGUCUAAGACGUCGUUUGAUUUAGACGCCUGCUAUGUUACCCCAUGAGGAUGGAAUUCUUUAAAUUUGGUAUUAAACAUCAAUUUAUUAAAUUAUCUCUAUUUUACAAAUACUUUUUGUAUAAAAUAAUAAACAAUAUGUUAAGAAAAAAAAUGACCGGGAACGUUCCAAAUUGCGUCAAAGAUAGUCAAGAAUAUGUACGUGUGCUUAUACAUAUGCGUUUUCUUUCAAUGAUAUAAGAACUGAUCUAAGAAUUCUAUGCUGAUGAUACUUUGGGUUCAUUUUGUGGUAUUCAUUGCGAUGUCGACAGUUUCUAUUAUCUUAUCAAUAUUUACUUACUUAUAUAAUGUUGUUAUAUCUACUCGUAAACAACAUUGAUUCUAACUAAAGUCAGUAAGUUUGUUAUAUAUUGUUUUCAAAAUAAAAAAGACGUUCAACGCUUUCUCUUUUGCGCGAUCUACUACGUGAAUUAUCAUCGUUUACUCAACAAAAAAUGGAGUUACCUGCGCGGUUUAUCACGGCAUUGUCAUUGCAGUACUAAAGCGUACGAACAAAAGUUGGCGGCUCAUAUACAGAGUGGUCAAUAACUAUGCAAAUGACAUAAAGUAUGUGCCCGCGAUAUGCUACGUUUUACCAAGAUUGUUUGAAUCUUACACCGAAUCGUCACAGUGUAACGGCAUGGCCUCUCGCCAAUAUUUAUAGUUAAACUCUUAUUAGGUCAUCAUUUUUAUCUUAAUACUAAAUGGUCGGAAUAACGUUUGUUUUCAUAGAGAAUCAUUAUGGUUACCGACAUGUGUUGAUUUGACAUUCGGAUGAUAGGUUGAACAAUCGAUUGCUUUAGUAUCAAUUAAGAUGUCUCCAGGACAUGCAUACUAAUUAGCUAGGGUAUAACGAUACUGUUCUUGAUAGUUUUCGAAAAUCAAUUUAUUUCGACACUGGUCAACCGCUUCUGACUGAAUAAAGUGCUGCCCAGAAAAGGCACUGAAAUCUUGUUUGCCGAUCCUUUUUGUGGCGAAAGUCAAAAUUACAGUUUUCAUCGGUAGUGCAUUACCUUUUUGUUCUUUUCCUUAUUAAUAUAAUACGGGCUUGAAGACAAACGCAAAGCGUAUGUCUGAACAAGCCCUCUUACGGUUUGUACGUGUAUGCAAGGGACUACUUCUUUUUGCCGGAGUGAUAGGCGUUAAAAAAUUCGGGCACCACUGAACCAUGAAAAUGAGAACCAGAAAAGCUCGCCAUACAUUGUUCAUAUAAAGCGCGUGCAUGCCGGCAAGCAAAUUGUACAUGUUUUGGGCGGGGUUUGACCUCCGUUAAUCAAUAAAAAUUCAGUACGGAAACACCCGAGGUACAUGUACUUUUUAGAUCGGACCUUCCGUAUUUGGAUAUGCGUUAAAAAUAGUACUGCGUUUAAUAGGAAAGCCUGUUUCACUUUUGUAAAUUACAGUAAGUAGCAAAAUAGUUUUUGUCAUUUAAGCAUUUAUUACAUCCAACAAAUUCACUAUGUAUCUCUGAAACUAAAUGCUUAUGGAAUCAAACUUGAAUAUAUUAAUCCGCAUUUCACGCUACAAUGAACUUUCAAGCGAGCAUUGAACGCCAUUUUGUUUAUAUGGAACAACAACAAAUGGAGCCAUAACAAAUCCUACUGCCAGUUUGGAGAGCAAAUAAGUCUGAUUUAAUUGUAAAGGUGAGUUUAUCUGAGAUGCAUGUUGUUGUUUUUAUUGAAUUUCAUAUUUGAAUUUCAUAUGUUCACGUUUUCCCCCAGAUUUACGGAGAUUUAGUACCAGUAACCACUAAAUUAUCGUUUCAGGAGCAUUCACCGAUUUCGUUCUUUCCGCGGAAAGUGCACUUUCCUCUAACUAGCCAUACCGGUACGAUAUUGAAUGGGUUCGAAUUCUCCAACAAUGCAACAUCCGUUUCCAACGCUUCUGACACUAUGUUGGAGAUGGGGAUGAUGACAGAGCAGCCAGCCGAAAUUAAAUUGGAGCAGACAUCAUGCGCCAACUGGUUGCAGAAGCUCUAGAGGACCAUAAUAGACAAAAAUGCUGUUCAAUAUAGUUCUGUCUGGAAUUCCAUACCGCCUCCAGAGAAUGGAAAAUGUCUUCAAAUCUUGAUGUGCCAGCAGCCUGAAGUGGUCAAACCAUCUGAAACUUGAAGUGAAUACAGCACAGAAUCCCAUAUUUCAAGAGAAUGCAAAUGUUUGUCACCCCUUGUUUUGUGUAAAUAAUACAAAAUGUGACAUUUACAGCAAAUAUGUAAUAAUUGAGCAACAUAUAGACAAUUGCAAAACUCUGUUCUGUUCAUUUUGUGCCAAAUUUAGCAUUUAAAACACGAUACUAUCAGUUUUUGCUUGUUUCUUCGGUUUCUUUUAUUGCAUGAUUUUUUCGAAAAUCAAUCAGUUCAGUAUAUAGUAGUUACGGUGUUUUGACUGUCAAUGAAUCAAAGAACACUAUUUAUAUAUUGUUGAACUGAUAUGUUAAAUAUUUAAGAUACAGCUGUCAGUACAGAAAGCAGGUCUAAAACAGAUCUCUUUUCGUGUAAACCUGGCCCCAGUUUUUCGAAGUCCCUUAUAACAGGAUUAAGCUAAACUUACUAACUAUUUUUGUUGUUCUAUAAAAUGUGUUAUAUUUACUUCUUCAAGAAUUUUUAAAAUUAUUUAGGAAUAAUCUGUAUGAUUAUCAAAAUAAAGCAUUUUUUAUCUAUCGAAAUCCAUUUUCAGUAUGUAUUUUGACUAAUUGAAAUAAGCAAUUUAAGCAUAUUAAGCUUAAGAAGUUUCGAGAAAUUGGUGUCUGAUUGCUAAAAAUUUAGCAAAGUUGCUUAAAAUAUUAAUUAAUUGAAUUUUAGAUAAUUUUGAUCAUUAGACAUAAUGACACAAAUUAUUUUAAAAUUAAUUGAAAGCAUCUUUUAGAUAAUUCUGUCAUGAAAGCAGUAUUUGUAUUUUCCAUUAAAAUCUAAACAACACAUUUGUUCAUCAAUAUCAUUUUGCA